AUGCCCCCCAGCGGCAACUUGGAUACCGCUAGUCUGCGGCCAGACCCCUGUAAGCGCGCAGCCGUUUGGCCCUGGGCGCGCCCGCGCGCGUUGGCAUGCCUGAUGAAGGAGGAGUGGCCAAACGUGUCGGCAAGGGCUCCAACGCUGGCGCUCGCAAGAACAAGGCCCGCAACAAUGCUGGUCACGCCGUGUCUCAUGAUGCUCUCCCUGAUGCUCAGGCGAACUCGGCGGCAGUCGUCCACCAACCAGCUGCGGCGUGCCCUGCUUGGGCGGGCACGCGCGCGUGAUUCUCCGCGAAGUGCCUCGGCUUCUGUGCUGGGCCCUGCCCCGGGGUCAUCAUACCUGCGCG